AUGCUCUGGAGAGUAUUAGCGGGAUGUAUUCCAGUCAAGGAGAACAUUGCAUUUAUAAAGGAUAAGGGUUGUGUUCUGUGUGAAGAAGGCAAAGAGUCCCUAAAGCAUGUGUUUUGGGAUUGUCCUUUUGCAAGGGCUCUUUGGUUUUCAGGUAUGUUUCCAGUAGUAAAUGCGAGAUCGACAGGCUCAGAUUUGAUGGAACUUAUACAUUUCUUUCUGCAAGGGAUUCCAAUGAAUGAUAAGUGGCGAUUUCUGACAUUUGUUGAUUGUUUGUUCGAAGAGGUUUGGAGGAUGAGAAAUGCAGUAUUAUUCAAAAGUAACAGAAUGGAUAUAUUGCUGUCGAGAGUUUCUAUUUCUAAGAGACUUGAAGAGUUCUACUCUAUACAGGAAGAACAACCAGUAUUUGACACUAACAUAAAAAGAGCAGAGACUUACCUUUCUUGGAAGAUCCCUCAAUCGACGGCAUUUGUGUGCUUCACGGAUGCGUCUUGGAAACAGGGGUCGGCAGGCUUGGCGGUCGGUAUGGUAGAUCGAGCUUCCAGUCGGAGUUGGUGGUCUGCGAAAUGGUCUCGGGCUGCGUCGGCGAUAGAAGCGGAGUCCUUGGCGAUUGUAUGGGCUCUUCAAUUGGCUGUUGAGGCUGGGAUUCAAUCAAUUGCAGUGGCUUCGGAUGCACUGCUGGUGGUCAAGGCGAUCGUUCAAGAUAGCUUUCCUCCGUGUUGGAAAGCCAUAGCAGUUUUCUUUGAAAUUAGGAAGUUGGUUAAAUUAUUUAAUUCUUGCAGCUUUGUUUUUAUUAGAAGGGUAGAUAAUGAAGCUGAUGAUGUAGUGGCAAAGACGGCUAGAAUCGAUGGGCACUGUAAUGACUUUAUUAAUAGGGAGGGAUCCCCUUUUGUGAUACCCAACUACCUCUUUUAA